AUGCUUCAGUGCUUCGUGCGAGCUGGUUUCGUCUCGGACGACACGCUGGAGUUUGCAGACUCUGGCUCGGAGAAGGACGCUCAGGAUCGUCUAUCCAUCCAAUCGACCCAUAAGCAAGGCACGGAAGCACGACACGAAAACAUGAUAGGAAAUAGAAUCAUGGACAUGCAUUGCACAUCCGCUGGUCAGCGCGUUGUCCGCGCCGCUGAACUGCGAGCUGUGCCCUUGAAGCGGUCGAAGGCGGCGCUGAUCGCUCAACAAACAGAUAUUGUCGCCUGA